AUGGAGAACUGUUUAGUGAGAAACUUUUAUAGAGCAACAUUAUCAAUGGCAUCUCAUAAAUCGGAGAUGACAUCAUCUAAUAAUGACAUCAUAUCACCAGAAUUCGUUGCUACGAGCAUAACUAUUUUUGCUGUAGUAUUUUCGAGUUACGUCACCUAUUACGUCAUCAAAAGAAUAUGGAGAAUAGUAUACUACCUCUAUGAUUUAAUAUUUCUUCCAUACGAGUUAAUAAGACCAUUGGGGUCCGUUGGGUAUACCAAUCCUGAAUCUUACGAAAUGACUCAACGACAAAUCGUGAACCUCGUACGAAGGAGGCGGAAACAGGGUCUUGAAAUUCCACCAGUCUAUCCGAACGGAUGGUUUCGUAUCAUGGAUUCAAGAUUCUUAAAGAAGGGCGAAGUGAAGCAAGUCACUGCAAUGGGUGAAAACUUAAUUGCUUUCCGUGGCAAAUCUGGCAACGUAUCAGUGAUGGACGCCUAUUGUACCCAUAUGGGAGCAAAUCUUGGAGUUGGGGGCCGCGUGUCAGGAGAUUGUAUCCAGUGCCCGUUCCAUGGCUGGAAGUUCAACAUGGAAGGGAAAUGCGUCGAAGUGCCCUACUCAGAUAAAUUGCCAAAGAAUGGAGAUAUGAAGACCUGGCACUCACGAGAAAUGAACGGUAAUAUAUAUGUCUGGUAUCACUGUGACGGGACAGACCCGGAGUGGGAAAUGCCCUCUGUACCGCAAGUCGACAAGCAACAGUAUGCUUAUGCAGGCCGAAUAGAGCAUCAUAUCAACACACAUAUACAGGUAAAUAGAGUUGAAUACGCGUUUUAG